AUGAAGUCUGCAUCUGAUGGCCCUUUGGUUUGGGUCGACUGUGAGAUGACUGGACUGGACCCGGACAAGGAGGAAAUCAUUGAAAUCUUCUGCAUCAUCACCACCGGAAACCUGCAAGUCAUUGACCCCGAGGGCUGGGGCUGCGUGGUGCACCAGACGGAGCAACGCAUGGCACAGAUGGACGACUGGUGCACCAAGACACACGGCGACAGUGGCCUCACGGCAGCGGUCAUCAAGUCGACGACGACGCCCGAGCAGGCUGCUGGCGAUUUGCUGGCUUACAUCAAGAAGCACAUCCCGGAGAAGAAGACGGCGCUGCUGGCGGGCAACAGUGUGCACGCGGACCGGUCGUUCCUCAACAAGCCGCCCUACCGGAAGCUGGUUGACCAUUUACACCAUCGUAUUCUGGAUGUCAGCUCGCUCAAGGAGGCAGCGAGACGGUGGUGCCCGCCGCAGGUCGUGGACGGUGCCCCCUCCAAGCAGGGACUUCACCAGGCCAAGGAGGAUAUUCUCGAGAGCAUUGCGGAAGCCAAGUACUAUAGAGAAGCCAUUUUUGGCAAGACGUGGAGAGGAGAGGCCAGCGCGCAGGACACGCCGGUCAGUGAGCGGGAUGAGGACGAGGCUUGGGCGGACAAUCUGCUGUAA